CAGUUCGGUAUUGAUUGUACUGAAAAGGAAGUGCUUUGACGUUUUCUCAUUUGGCCGGCGAAGAUGGUGUUGGAUAUUGAAUUAUUCCGUUCAGAUAAGGGCGGAGAUCCCAAUAAAAUACGAGAAAAUCAAGCAAAGAGAUUCAAGGAUGUUACUUUGGUGGAUAAAGUUGUCGACCAUGACAAUAACUGGAGAAAAGCAAGGUACAGGGCGGACUUGUUGAAUAAAUUGAAAAAUGUAUGCAGCAAAGCUAUUGGUGAAAAGAUGAAGAAGAAAGAGCCAGUUGGUGAGGAUGACUCGGUGCCAGCAGGCCUCACUGACGAUGUAGAGAGCAUUACUGUGGAGAGGCUAGCUGAGUUGACGGUGGUAAAGAUAAAGAAGCUGCGAGUGUUCAUUGAUGAGCAGAUGGCUCUGAAUGAGGAGGCACUGUGUGUGCAUGAGAGGGAAAGGAACGAGUCCCUGAAGGAGAUCGGGAACCUUCUCCACGAGACCUGCAUCGUCUCCAAUGAUGAGGAUGAAAAUGGUGUAGAGCGCACGUUUGGUGACUGUGUGGCAAGGAAGAAGUACUCCCAUGUGGACCUGAUAGUGAUGAUAGAUGGCUCUGAUGAUCAGAGGGGGUCCAGUGUGGCUGGGGGCAGAGGGUACUAUCUCAAGGGCCCGGCAGUCUUUCUAGAGCAGGCUCUCAUCAACCUGGCGUUGAACAUGCUGCUGGAGAAGGGCUACACACCACUAUACACCCCGUUCUUCAUGCGCAAGGAGGUGAUGCAGGAGGUGGCACAGCUCUCCCAGUUCGAUGAGGAACUAUACAAGGUUGUAGGCAAGGGCAGUGAGAAGCAGGACGAGAGCAGCGAGGACGUGAAGUACCUGAUAGCCACGUCCGAGCAGCCAAUCGCAGCAUUCCAUAGGGACGAGUGGGUGCCCAUAGGGAGCCUGCCCAUCAAGUACUCAGGCAUCUCAACGUGCUUCAGGCAGGAGGUUGGCUCACAUGGCCGCGACACCCGUGGCAUCUUCCGCGUGCACCAGUUUGAGAAGAUAGAGCAGUUUGUGUUGACCUCGCCGCACGAGAACAAGUCCUGGGAGAUGUUUGCGGAGAUGGUUGGCAAUGCAGAGGCCUUCAAUCAGGCUCUGGGCAUUCCAUACAGGAUAGUGAACAUCGUUUCAGGUGCACUGAACAACGCUGCGGCAAAGAAGUUUGAUCUUGAGGCCUGGUUCCCGGGCUCGGGUGCGUUCCGUGAGCUGGUGUCAUGCUCCAAUUGCCUUGACUACCAGGCACGCAGACUUAAAGUGCGCUACGGACAGAAAAAAAUGAACCAAGAGGCGGAGUACGUGCACAUGCUGAAUGCCACUAUGUGUGCCACAACACGGACCAUCUGUGCAAUCCUGGAGAACUAUCAGGUUCAGGACGGAAUCAUUGUGCCUGAAGUUCUACGGAAAUACAUGCCAGCCCAAUACCGUGAGAAGCUGCCAUUUGUGAAUGCAGCCCCUAUUGAGGAGCUGGAGGCAAAGAAGCAGAAAGCAGCGGGAGGAAAAGGGAAGAAAUCAGAAGAAAAAGGGAAGCGGGAGGAAAGUGUGGAGAAACAAGUGGAAGAAAUGGCAAUAGGAGAUAACUGAACAAUGAACUUUCUUAAUACCAUAUGAUGGGCUUGUUGGUAACCUAUCUAAGUAAAAAUACUUAAAAUUAAGUUAAAAGGAUAAGUGGUUAGCUCUUAUUUAAAUAUGAUGAAUUUCGGUUUUGGAACCUAUUUAAAAAGCAUAGAAUGAUUGUUCUUUUGUUAAACAUGUGUAACAUUGAACUUUUAUCUACAUAUUAUACUUAUUUAAGUAUUGGCUGUUGUUCUUGUGGUUUAUAUAUAUUCUGAGGAUAUAUUUUACCUAACGAAAAAUGUAUUUAAAUUUAGUUAACAUCAUGUAAAACUUUAAAUAAGUAUUCAAAGCCCCAAAAGGUGUUUUAACAGUUUGUAGUUAUUGCAAUUUCUGCUCUUUGCCCUGUCUGACAUGUGAGAGUGCAGUUAAAGUAAAUGAUGUUCGUUGUCAUUAAAAAAAUAUUUUAACCUACUUGUUAAUUGAUUUACUUCAGCAUACUUGUUUGUUGCAUUAUUUCAAAAGAAUCAGCGGUGGUCAAUAGAUUUUGUUAAUACAUAAUUUAACAACAGCCACAAAAAAAACAAAAAACAAAAUGCAACAUUUUGGGUUGAACAACUUGGCAUGAAUGGCAGACAUGUGUAAACUCAAAAACAUCUUGUUUCGAUUAUAGUGGUAUUUGUAAUAUUGGAUAGAUGGAGAUUUCACAAGUAUUUAUAUAUUGUGUAUGAACAACAAAUAUACAUUGGGUCAACAAAUUAUGUGUUAGUUCCACGUUAUUUAUAAUUUGAAAUAAAACCUUUAAAAAUC